UUUACUGAUUUUUGCAUCCGUCAUCAACUCAGUAAUUUCUACUCUUUUUUUCUGCAGAUUUUAGAUUUUUGGAAAACAGUAUUCCUGCUCUAAUUUUCCUAUUUUUGGAAAUUUUGUCGUACGGAGAAGUGACGAUUUAAGUGUCAAGAUGGUUCUAGAAAGUACAAUGAUCUGCGUCGAUGACAGCGACUUUAUGCGCAAUGGAGAUUUCGUACCGACGCGAUUAGCUGCGAUGCAAGAUGCUGUGAGUAUCGUUUGUCACAGUAAAACUCGUUCUAACCCCGAGAAUAAUGUUGGACUAUUGACGAUGGCAAGUUCUGAAGUACUAACGACUCUAACGACUGAUGUGAAUAAACUAAUUUCGAAAUUGCUUGCUCUUCAACCCCAAGGGGAGCUCAAGCUUUUAUCUGGUCUACGAGUAGCACAUCUAGCUCUUAAACAUCGUCAGGGAAAGAAUCAUAAGAUGAGAAUCAUCGUCUUUGUCGGUAGCCCAAUGGACGCUGUCGACCAAGCUGAAUUGGUCCGGUUGGCGAAACGACUUAAGAAAGAGAAAGUUAACGUGGACGUCGUAUCGUUCGGGGAAGAGAAAGGAAAUGCUGCGUCGCUAAAUGCCUUUAUUGAAACGUUGAAUGGAAAGGACGGGACUGGAAGUCAUCUCUUGACCGUGGCUGGUUCUCCAAGUUUGACAGAUGCUCUCGUUCAAUCUCCAAUUUUGCAGACAGAGGACGGCGGGCCAGCUCCAGGCAUUGGCGCCGGAGGAUAUGACUUUGGGAUGGAUGGCGACGAUCCAGAACUGGCGUUGGCACUCCGAGUCUCAAUGGAGGAACAACGUGCCCGUCAAGAGGCCGAGUCGCGUGGGAAUAAUCCCGAAUCUGGGACGGAAGGAGCCUCCAACGAGGAACGAAUGUUGGAACAAGCUUUGCAAAUGUCAAUUGAUAAUCCAGCCGGAGCUCCACGCUCCUCGAGCGGCGGUGCACCAGAUUUUUCUUCCAUGACCGAAGAAGAGCAGAUUGCGUACGCUAUGCAAAUGUCUAUGCAGGAUGCUGCAACUGAAGUAGCUAAACCGACCGCUGUAAAAAAGGAAGCUUCAUCCGAGGAGGCAAUGGAUGUCGACGAAAUACCGACUCAAGUCGUGUCAACUCCGGACGAAGGUUUAGCAGAUGCCGAUUAUCUCCAACAAGUCUUGGAAGGACUGCCAUCAUCUAAUUCGCCCAAAAAAGAGGCAGAUCCACCAGCACCAGCUGCAGCCGCCUCUAAGAAACCAGGAGAUCCUAAAUCUGGAGGUUCCGGUUCUAAAAAGAAGUAAAAGAAGAGAUUACUCCCUCUUUUUCUACUUUCAUAAUAAUAACAAUAUUAUUAGCGAAUCAAAACGCAAAAUUCUAACAACAUCCGGUUAUCAUUUACAAAAUUCUUAGAAAUAAGCUCCUAAUAUCAAAAUUUCUGAAUGUUGCGUGAAAAAAGCAGUAGUAAAAUAGUUUAAUAAUAAUAAUAGUAUUUAAAACUAUAUUGAUCUUGGUCAAGUUCUGGUUUACUUAUUUAAUUGAAAGCGUCAUAAUUUAUGUGCUAUAUUUUAAUUUGCAAAAUAAUAAAGUGAGUAAAGUAAAAAUGAG